GUUACAAACUCACCAUUUCACUCCAGCUCUUUUGUAGCUAAGAAGCGUCUUUGUACCGUCCUGCCGCACCGUCCCGGGCUGGUCCAGCACAAAGAUGUCAGAGGUGAACAGGUCCCUGGGUGAGCUGCCCACAGACAGCUGGAUGUCCCACCUUCCCGAGGCUCUGCAGGAGGUGCCUCUGUUCCACCUGGCCAUCCCAGGGAGCCACAACACCGUCACCUACUGUCUGGAUAAGAGCAUCAGGUCCCCAGUUGAUCUCACUCAGCCAGAUGUGUUAAAGAAGCUGGACAAGUACAUGAAGCCAGUGGUUCGCCCAUUUGUGCACAAAUGGGCAGUGACACAGGGGUCCAAUAUAAAGCAGCAGCUGGACAGCGGGGUGAGGUACUGUGACCUGAGGAUCGCACGCCGACCCCGAAACCACUCCAAAGACCUGUACUUUUACCAUGGUGUCUACACCACUGUGACCGUGGAGACUGUUCUCAAGGAGAUCAGGGAGUGGUUGGAUGCCCAUCCCAGAGAGGUUGUCAUCUUGUCCUUCAGCCACUUCCAGGAUUUAGAUGAAGAGCUUCACAACCUCCUCGUAGAGACCAUGAAGAAUGUGUUUGUCUCAAAGCUGUGUCCCAGAACGGAGUCAGUUACACUGAGGAACCUGUGGAACAAGGGCUACCAGGUGAUCGUCUCAUAUGAACAUGGCAUCGUGAGCUUCCAUGACCACCUGUGGAUGCACAUCCCAUACUGGUGGGCUAACAAGUGCAAGGCGGAGGCACUGGUUGAGGAGUUUGAGCGUCGGAAGGGACGGGGUCGGCCAGAUGGAUUUUUUGUCGCCGGUAUUAACCUGACGGAGGACCUGAAGUACAUUUGCUCCCACCCUACUGAGUCUCUGAAGGACCUGGUCAUGUCCACGUACCCAGUGCUGCUUAGAUGGGUGGAGGCUCAGCGACCAGGGCCCAGCGGUGGGUGCAUCAACAUCGUUGCAGGGGACUUUGUGGCAGAGAGUCGGCUGGCACAGACUGUCAUUUCGCUAAAUGAGCACUUACUGAACAAGUGAUGGUAACAAUAACCAAGAACACAAAAACAUUUUUCGGUUAAAAUUUAGAAAAGCUGUUUUAUUCAGACUUAAUUUAUAAAGGUUUAUUGAAUUUGUUUUAUGAAGGUGAAUAGGUAAAAGAAAUAUAAACUGCUUAAAGCAUACUCAGUGAAAAAAGGUUCCAGUGCUUUUGUCUGUGAAACAUUGUACAAAAUAAUUUAACCCUAAUCCCAUUCAACUAAGAUUUUAUGCUGUCACUGAUAUGGUGUUAUAUAAAUUCAAAAUAUCUCUGGUUUACUGCGAACUAAGGUCAAAGAAAUUAAAAUUGCAUUAUUUACCAUAUUGUGUAAAUGUUGAACAUACUUUGAUUUAGUACCCGGUACAAAAUUUAACUUUUAUGGAGCAAAUUUAAGGAAUCCCUUUUUUUAAUUUCUACAUUUUUCAGAGUGAAAGCAACCUGUAUCCAGCACACAGUUAGUUAGUUGGCAGCAAAAUGCACUUAAUUAGGAGCGAGACCAUCAACUUAUUUCCAGUUUAUAAAAAUGUGUUUUGGCAUGUAGCUUUAGCUGAUUUCCCCCCAUGAAUAAAAAAAACA